AUGCAGGGACCUGACUCCCGGCAAGGCCUAUUACCAAAGAGAAUCAGUUCUGCUCCUCCCGAUCAAGGUCAACCUCAUCUAAAGGACUCUCCAAAAAAAUCUGCAUUUAAUUCUACUGCAGAAGAAUUUGUUCCUGGAGCAAUAUCAAUACCAAAAUCUGAACCUAUUCCAUUAAAUUUUAAUGCAUUUCAUAUUUUCUCUAAAAUUAUAUCAUUAUCAAAUAAAAAAUUUUUUAAUUUUUCAGCUUUAUAUUCAUCUCAAAUCAUAUACAAAGUGGAACCCAACAGCCUUUGAGUUCGUUCCAGGAACUCCCACCUCAACUUUGCCCUCAUCCCUGCAGCCAUCCGCAAAGGAAUUCGUAAGUGUCAACUUUUCCCCGUCAGCCUCAGAAUUUAUCCCAACAAUUUCAUCAACCAGCUUUGAGCCUUCAACUCUUCCUUCCACAACGCCUUUUAUUCAAGAAGCUGACCCUAUCCAAGAACCAAUUUUAGAAGAAGAGGAAAGUGACGAUGAUUAUUCUUCAGAUUCAGGCUCCAGCUGAGAUCCUUAUACAUUUUCCAUUUCUUCACCUUAAAAUCUAUUAUUUAUUAUUUUUUGAUAUUUAUAAUAAUUAAAUAUAUAUAAAAGUGGAGAAAGUAAAUGGAAGAUUUGUCUAUCCUUAUGAUAUUAUAUGAAGCCUGAAAGAACAAUUCGAAAACCACAGCGAUUUUAAGAACAUCGACCAAGAAUUAUCAGCCAUAAGCCAAAGAACGAUUUUGAUCAAGCGAAGAGAACAUAGGCACAACACCAAAAAAAUGAGCCAAAAAGACCGAGAAUGGCGAGAAAAAGAGCGGCAGGCUCAGCAGCCAAUGGUCUUGAACUGGAGACGAGAAAAGACCAAAGAAGAAGAAAAAAUUUUCCACAGAGCCAGAGUACAUACAGAAAAGCUAAAAGCUACCGUAGAAGACGAAGAAAAGGUAAAAAGACAGGUAAGAGUUACCUUAAACAAGCUUUCUCCUAAUAAUUUAGACAAACUUCAAGACCAGCUUCUCCAAAUAGCGAGAGAAAGCUAUGAAAAACUUGGACUAUUAGUAAAAGGAAUAUUUGACAAAGCAUGAUCAGAACAGAAAUACACACAAAUGUACGCGAAGCUUUGCGGAUAUUUUAAGGACCAGUUUGAAGGGUUUAAAUACCCUGAUGACGAAUCGAAGACGAAAAACCAUUUUAAGCAUAAAUUAUUACACAUAUGUGAAGAAGCAUUUUCGUAUAAUCCUGAGGAUAUAGCUAUUUUAAGCAAUUUUUAUAAAAAUUAUUAAAAAUCAGAUAUCUGUAUGAGAAAAUUGAUGGUAAUUAUAUUGAGUAUAGGUUGAUAUAAUUAUUUAGAAGGAUUAAACGAAGAACAAAAAGAAAACAAGCGAAACCUCUUAAAGAAAAAAACGCUAGGAAAUGUUCGUUUUAUUGGUGAACUUUUCAACGUAAAAUUAAUCACUGCAAGAGUUGUGCUGCAAUGCGUCCAUGAUUUAGUAGGACUGCCAGGGAAGCAUGAUCCUCCUGACAGAGUAAUUUCAGACCAGAUAGAUGAAGACAAGCUUGAAGGAGCAUGUAUAUUGUUAGGGACAGGUGGAGGAAGCUUUGAAAGAAAUGUGCUAAAGCCAGAAACAACCAGAAUUUUUGACUACCUUGGAAGUUUACUUGAACAUAGAAGUGGAGAACUUUCAAAUAAACUUAGAUUUUACAUUAUGGUAAUCGAUAUUUAGAACCUUAUGGACGAAAGGAAAAAUAAUUGGCAAAAAUCUAAUAAAGAAGAAGUCAAGAAAAUCGAAGAUAUACAUGCAGAGUUCCAUAGAGAGCAAAAUGAAAUUGCGAAAAGACAUGAGAAUCGUAGAUAA